UUGGAUGGUUUCGAGUUGCAUAGUAAUAUUUUAUUCCACUCUCAAAUUAUCUCUUAUAGCACUCAGGAAUGACUGAGCAGAACAGAUCAUCUUCAAGUAAUGGUGGUUCAAUAGGACCUUCGAUGGGUCCCCCCGUGUUUCAGACUGCCUCUUCUGUUCUCAAAUCUGUUGCGGCUCAAGCAAGUCCAGGGGCCAGCACAUCAACGAUGUCUUUGCGAAAUGCCUCAGGAGGUCAGCCUUCCUUGUCGACCUCAACAUCGGCGCCGAGUCCAUCAACCGUAGGAUCUUCUAGCAAUACUGCAGCAGGGACGGGCGGUCCCUCAACAAAUAGUUCUCAAACAUCAAGGCCUAUAAACAGGCCGGCAGCAAGCAAGAACAGUAUCAUAUAUAAUGCAGUUCAGAGACGGAACCCUGUUUUAUCGGCCAUCCGUAAUGUCGGAAUUGAAGUUGGCGACAUUGUAGCGGAUUAUCAAGUCGGCGCCCAUAAUGGCGUGCUUUUUUUGAGCCUGAAAUAUCAUAGAUUACAUCCAGAGUAUAUUCACCAACGGAUAGAAAAGAUGAAGAACAUGUACAAUUUCCGGGUUAUAUUGGUCUUAUGCGAUGUUAACGAACAUCACCAAUCCUUACGAGAGCUCACCAAGAUUGCCAUUAUCAACGAGUUUACUGUCUUUGUCGCCUGGUCAAAUGAAGAGGUUGCUCAAUAUUUAGUCACUUUCAAGCAAUUCGAACACAAAUCAGCAGACACUUUGAAGGAGAGGGUUCAACAAACUUAUCAUGAUCAGUUGGCACACGUCCUGACAAGUGGCAAGAAGGUGAACAAGACCGACGCCGACAACCUCGCCGCUGAGUUUGGCUCAUUCGAAUCAAUCUCGCGCAAGUCCGCCAAAUCGUUGUCGAACGUUAAGGGUCUUGGCGCAACAAAAGUCACUUCUCUUAUCGACGCCUUUACUAAACCCUUUCUCGUUGGAGGUUUGCGUCGACCGGAAAGAGAAAAGACGGCACAGGAGAAACAAGCAGAUAGUGAAGCUGUUACAUUUGCAGGCGAUGAUAUGACCGAUCCGACGAGAAGCUUAGAGCUCGCGGUCGGAAACAACGACGGUAACAAAAGACAGAUGACCGACGAGGUCAAAGGUGAAGACAUGGUCGGCGGUCAAGUAUGGCAUGAUCCUUUGGACGAUGAGGAUGAUGACAAGGUGGCGGAAGAAGAGCCUAUAGCGAAAAGGGCCCGCAUAGACACUCCAAUUUGAAAUGUGAGAUGUGAUGGCAAUGACCCGCCGAACUCUAUCCGGAGCCCGAAUGAAACGUCAAAGGAGCAUUCUUGAAGGACAAUUCCAUUGGAUAUUGCUGGUCGGAUUUACUCACUACUCUCUAUUUACAGCAAUGGGAU